UUCUGGGUUUCUUCUUCUUUCAUGGCUUCCCAUUUGUCUCUUCAACUGCCCCACUUCUCCUAUUACACACAAACUUUUCGAUCAUAUAACGGAUGGAAUUGGAAGAUUAAUUCAAGUGCACCCCAUUGUUCAAAGUUCCGAGGAAGGCAGCAAGGGAAUAAUUUCUUGGCAAAAAAGAGCAACUCACUUGGACUAUGGUUUGCUGGUUACACUUUUUCAAGGGUUAUAUUUCAAAGUGCAUUGUCAUCAAUGUCUUCUUCACCUAACUAUUGCGGUCCAACUGAGAGUGGAGAUGGGGCUCUUGUACCUGAGCCAGAUCCUCCUGCAGUCGAAUUCAAUCGGGUGAAUUGUCUUGUAUGGGUAUUACAUGAAUCUGCCAGAAGCUUUUCCCUUGCAGUUGAGUCACUUGAAUUGGCUGGAAGCAGUGCAGAGCUUGCAAUGGCUUGGAAUGGAAAGGAUGUGCAUCAAUGGCAUAGACAUAUUGCUCAUCGGGUAGCUGUUUAUGCUUUGUUGAAAACAGCAAUCGAAGUGGAGAUUUUGCUCUCUCAAGAACGUCAUAAUAAUCCAUCCCCAGUUAGAAAGAUCUUGACCCCAGAGACAGAUUUGUUAGAGGAGUUCAUUGAAACUCAGUUGAAAUUGAGACAUUCAGAAUUGGUACAAUGGUUCAGAGUGGUGGAACUUCCACGGAUAGCGGGAUUUUUCAUUCCAUUGUUAAAGAAGUGGUCUAUGGAGUAUGCAGGAAGUGGUGUUGCAGGAAUUAUUGUGGCUAUAAGCUGCUGUGCUGCUGUAGAGAAAUUGGGUUCUGAUCGUACUUCUUGUCCCUUGUCUACAAUGUCAAUAGGGGAUGUGCUAGUGGAACUUAUGAAUCUUUCACAUAGUAUUGUUUCUGUUGACAAAUUACAUCAGUUAGCUACUGAGGCAGGAUUUGAACUUGAUUUCCUGUCCCAUUUUGGUGCAAAAAUACUGUCUAGCAAGAAGAGUGAUGAGCUUGAAUUUUGGAUUGGAUUGGCUCUGAGAAAACUCUCCGUAGCUUUCUGCAAAGAGACCAUGAUUCCGGGCAAACUGGCAAUUUAUAGCAAGGGUCAAGCAGAUAGCUUGGCUACUUUAGGACUUUUUGCAUAUCUAGGAAGGAAGACUAGAUUAUAUUUGUCACGAAUGCGCAUAAAUGAUCUUGAUGAGCUGGUGAAGGACUUCCUGAGCUACUUGGAAUGUGGCAGCCUUUUCAUUUACCCAGAGUUCUCUUCCAUAUCAGUUUACCAAUUCUUCAUGGAGGUAGUAACUGAUGAAAUAGGAUGGCUUGAUUUUUAUGAUACAACUCGUUGCAUAAGCAACCAAGAAAAAAGAAGGUCCAAGCAGCAUACAAUUCAGGCAGAGAAAGAAAUUAUAUUAUCACAAGUUUUUACUGUUUGCUAUGAUGUCUUUUCUGGGUUUGCACACUUCAGCCGCUCAGCUCAACAGCCAUUAAAUUCUGAAUUGUUAGCAUUCUUACUCCGGAGCCAAAGCCUGUUAACCAUUUGCCUGGAGGAUUACUGGGCUGCUUAUGAUAGAUCAGGUGAACCGUUAAAGAUUACAGAAUCAGGAGCCUCUAGGCACACACCAUCGACAGGAGCUACUGGCACAACCCAGCUUGCAGUGGUCAUGGAAGCACAAGAAGAAUUAACUGGUUUGAUGACAGAGGAAUGUCAAAAUGAUGAAUCUGAACAUGAGCAUAUGCUGAAAAAGUUGCUGCAGACCUCCAGUUCAGCCAGCACACAUGCAAUAACCUGUGGGGAGGGAAUUGACAUCCCCAAGUCGAAUUCCCCGAAUGAGAGUUUAAUUAGAAAAUACAGCAUCAAAUUGAUAUCUUCAAGUUUUGAUGUAUGGUUGGGAACUCAGUUGCUAUUCAUUGACAUCACGGUUUCCCUGGAGCUACUCCUAAAGCGUUUGCGUGGCCAGAAGGUUACAGCAAGAGAUAAGAGGAAGUUACAAAGAACAUUGAAUGACAUUGCUACACUUAUCCCCGUAACAAUUCUAAUGCUCCUUCCUGUAUCUGCUGUAGGGCAUGCGGCAAUGCUAGCAGCUAUCAACAAGUACAUACCAUCUUUGAUUCCAUCACCAUUUUCUUCUGAGCGUUUGGAUGUUGCAAAACAACUAAAACGAACCAAGAAGAUGGAAGUUAAAUCGUGGAGCAACCUUGAAGGCACCAACUUGUAAAAUAUGGAAACCCUUUUCAUGUUAAUCCAGGCCCUGCUGCCUAAUAAAAAUUAAAUUCCGUUUGACAUUCAGAAUCUGUACAUACUCAUUGAUACGUAGAUACACUAAAAAGUACAAUGUAACUUUGAAUGCAUAGCCUUGGCCCGCCGUUUACAUUUAUGGGACCAGUAAAGUUCCUUCUCAGGACUCUGUUGAAGCAAAAGGUUGAUGAAAUUCGAAUUAAAGUCAAUAGCUUGCCUGCUGUUGCUGAUGACAAGAGACCGCGUCUGUAUGAACUAUGAAUUUUCCAGUGUAUGAACAUUGUCCUUAUACCUUCAUUGUGCCUUCAAUAUGUUUCAAUCGCAUUAAGUGCAUUUGAAAUUUACCUUUCUGAUG